CACUUCCUUUUUCUGAUAGUCCGAGAGCUACUGGCAGGCGGGGCGGGGAAGGUGGACUGCGUGGCCUGGCCUCCGGGCGCAGCUGGAGGCUUCUGGAGCUCAGGCUGAGGUCGCCUCACUCAGGGUCCCUCUGCGAAGCUCCGGGGAAAGCUGUGCUGCCGCUGCGCCUCCACAAGGGAUUGGGACUCAGGACUGGUCGGAGCCCGCUGUCCACAGUCCCGACUUGAGCUCAGCACCGCUGCUAAGCAGGAGGAACAUCAGGCAUGCAACCUGAGGCUCCUUACCCAGGAACACAUUUGCCAGCUGGAUAUGGCCCUCAGUAUCCACCAGCAGCAUACCAAGGACCUCCAGGCCAGAACGGCUAUCCCACACCUCAGGGUGGCUACCAAGGGCCCCAGGGUCCCUACCCAGGGCCCCAAGCUCCCUACCCAGGGCCCCAAGCUCCCUACCCAGGGCCCCAGGGUCCCUACCCAGGACCACAAGAUGGCUACCCAGUCCCGCCAGGAGGUUAUGCAGGUGCUGGCCCAAGUGGCUUUCCUGUCCAAAAUCAGCCCGCAUAUAACCAUCCCGGUGGGCCUGGAGGGACCCCAUGGAUGCCGGCACCACCUCCUCCACUGAACUGCCCACCUGGGCUGGAAUACUUAACUCAGAUUGAUCAGAUUCUGGUUCAUCAGCAAGUUGAACUUCUGGAAGCCUUAAUUGGCUUUGAGACAAAUAACAAAUACGAAAUCAAGAACAGCCUCGGGCAGAGAGUUUACUUUGCCGUGGAAGAUACUGACUGCUGCACUCGAAACUGCUGCGGAGCAGCCAGGCCUUUCACCAUGAGGAUCCUGGAUAACCUGGGCCGAGAAGUCAUGACUCUGGAGAGACCCCUGAGAUGCAGUAGCUGUUGCUUCCCCUGCUGCCUGCAGGAGAUAGAGAUUCAAGCUCCUCCUGGUGUGCCAGUUGGUUAUGUGACUCAGACCUGGCACCCGUGUCUGCCAAAGUUCACUCUCCAAAAUGAGAAAAGGCAGGAUAUUCUAAAAAUUGUUGGUCCGUGUAUUGUGUGUAGCUGCUGCUCCGACAUUGACUUUGAGCUUAAGUCCCUAGAUGAAGAAUCUGUAGUUGGCAAAAUUUCCAAGCAGUGGUCUGGUUUGGUGAAAGAGGCCUUCACAGACGCAGAUAACUUUGGGAUCCAGUUCCCUCUUGAUCUUGAUGUGAAGAUGAAAGCUGUAAUGCUCGGAGCCUGUUUCCUCAUAGAUUUCAUGUUUUUUGAAAAAACUGGAAAUGAGGAGCAAAGAUCAGGAGUAUGGUAGUAGUUUCCUGAGAUUCCUCAUGAGAUUUAACAACUACGUACUAAUGGACACUAAAGGAACUAAAAGGAACACAUAAUGACUUCUUUUUUUUCUUUCAUUCCACUGAAAUAACUUUAUUUCAAGUAACCUGUGAUGCUAUAUGUCCUGUUGUACAAUGUGCUUUCCAAUUUUGUUUGUUUUCUAUAAUUCUGUCAUGUAUUUGUUUAAAGUAAUUACUGUGAAUUUGUGAAAAAUGUAUUAAUUUUUACACAUAGAAAUGAGCUUGUCUAAGAGAAGAUGUUUUGACUUACAAUCUUUUAUUCAUUUUUCAUUUUUUAUAAAAACUUAAGUGUUAUUGUAAUUUAAUAUGAAAUAACAUAUUAAAUGUAAUUAUAAUUUACACAAA